AUGUUCUCGAAAGUUGCUACUAGAACGUUUUCCUCAUCAGCCUCAACUGCUUACAAAGUUGCAGUCUUGGGUGCUGGAGGUGGAAUUGGUCAGCCAUUGUCCUUGUUGUUGAAGUUGAACCAUAAGGUCACCGACUUGGCGCUUUACGAUAUCAAGGGCGCACCCGGUGUUGCUGCUGAUGUUUCGCAUAUUCCCACCGACUCCAGCGUUAAAGGCUACAAUCCAGACCAAUUGAAAGAGGCUUUGACUGGCGCCGAUGUCAUUGUCAUCCCUGCUGGUGUUCCAAGAAAGCCAGGUAUGACCAGAGACGACUUGUUCAACACCAAUGCCUCGAUUGUCAGAGACUUGGCCAAGGCCGCUGCCGACUAUGCCCCCAACGCCGCAGUGGCCAUCAUUGCCAACCCCGUCAACUCGACCGUCCCCAUUGUUGCUGAGGUGUUCAAGUCCAAGGGAGUCUACGACCCCAAGAAGUUGUUUGGUGUCACCACUUUGGACGUCUUGAGAGCUGCUAGAUUUGUCUCCGAGGUUGCCCACACCAACCCCGUUAACGAGCACGUGCCAGUUGUCGGUGGCCACUCUGGUAUCACCAUUAUCCCAUUGUUGUCGCAGACCACGCACAAGGACUUGGCUGCUGACGUUAGAGACCCAUUGGUGCACAGAAUCCAAUUUGGCGGUGACGAAGUUGUCAAGGCUAAAGACGGUGCUGGAUCAGCUACUUUGUCGAUGGCUCAAGCCGGUGCCAGAUUCACUGGUGCCUUGUUGAAUGGUUUGGCGGGCGAGAAGGAUGUUAUCGAGUGCACUUUUGUCGACUCUCCGUUAUUCAAAGACGAAGGUGUUGACUUUUUCAGUUCCAAGGUCACUUUGGGACCAGAGGGUGUCAAGCAAGUCCACGGCUUGGGUAACAUUUCCGAUUACGAAGAAGGUUUGGUUAAGGAAGCUAAGGAUACCUUGAUUAAGAACAUUCAAAAGGGAGUUGAAUUUGUUAAGCAAAACCCAUAA